AUGGAAAAGGAGCAACAGAAUAAAACCAGCCUUGCUGGAUUCAUCCUCCUGGGUCUCUCCUCCUCCCCAAAGUUCCAGAUAUUGCUUUCCCCCAUCUUCCUCUUACUGUAUCUACUUUGCCUCAUGGGGAACCUUGGGAUCAUCUUGCUGAUCUGCUCCAACAGCUGCCUCUUCUAUGCUCCCAUGUACUACUUCCUCAGCCACCUGUCUCUGGCUGAUGUGGGAUUCAGCACCACCAUUGUGCCUAAGAUGUUGCAGAUCUUGCUAUCCCAGACCGACACCAUCUCCUACAGUGGAUGCCUGACUCAGAUAUAUUUCUUUGUGGUCUUCUGCACCACUGAUAACUUCCUGUUGGCUUGCAUGGCAUAUGAUCGCUACGUGGCCAUCUGCCACCCUCUGCACUAUAGUACAAUAAUGAGCUACAGGCGCUGCCUACUGUUGGCUGCUGGGUCUUGGCUGUGGUCUCACUUUCGUGGUCUGCUGUAUGUACUUUCGCUAUCUAAUUUGUCCUUCUGUGCCUCCCGGGAGAUCCCCCAUUUCUUCUGUGACCUUCACCCUUUGCUCAAGCUCUCCUGUUCAGACAUCUCAGCCAUUGAAAUGUUGCUUGUCAUUGAAGCCCCUGCAGCCAUGCUUGGACCCAUCACGCUCGUUGUCCUCUCCUACAUGUUCAUUCUGUCCAAGGUGCUGAAGGUCCCUUCAGCUUCUGGGAAGUACAAGGCCUUCUCCACUUGCAGCUCCCACCUCACCACCGUGGCUUUGUUCUAUAGUACCCUGUUUGCCACCUACAUCCGUCCAACAUCCUCCUUCUCUGCUCCUAGGAGCAGAGUGGCAUCUGUCUUCUACACUCUUGUUAUCCCUACACUAAAUCCUUUCAUAUACAGCCUGAGGAACAGUGAGGUGCAGAGGGCCAUGAGGAAGUUCCUGAGAUCUUUGUUUCAGCAAAGGUGA